AAAACCCUCCCUCUCUAUUGGGGCUAGGGUUUUGGGGUUCCUCCUUCCAAGAUUUGCCAUUCUUUGCGCCGCGCGCUGCCCAGCCGCAAUGGAUCGCGACCGGCUCAUGAAGAUGGCCACCGCCGUGCGGACGGGAGGGAAGGGAACUGUGAGGAGGAAGAAGAAGGCAGUGCACAAGACCGCGACCACCGACGACAAGAGGUUGCAAAACACGCUCAAGAGAUUGGGCGUCAACACCAUCCCCGGCAUUGAGGAGGUGAAUAUCUUCAAGGACGAUACCGUCAUUCACUUCGUCAAUCCCAAAGUUCAAGCUUCCAUCGUUGCCAACACUUGGGUCGUGAGCGGAGCUUCAUCCACCAAAAAGCUUCGAGAUUUGCUACCAAGCAUUGUAAACCAGCUGGGCCCGGACAAUCUCGCGAACUUGAAGAAGAUUGCUCAGCAGUGGCAGACUAACUCCGGUGCCGACGACGACGAUGUUCCCGACCUGGUUCCCGGAGAGAACUUCGAAGAGGCUGCUAAAAAGGAAUGAGUGACACGGAGCUAGCUGACGCUGCUUUGUUUCCUUUUUCUUACCCCACUCUAGCUUUUUGUAAUUUGCGGUACCUUGUUUCUGGUUCUAGGCCGGAACAGCAACUUUGAUCCCCAGUUUCUCCAGAAUCAUAUCGUCGGUUGAGAAAUCGGCUGCUUUACGAAA